AUGGGGUGCGCGCCGUCUCAAAGCGAAAUAAUCCAGCACCUGGCAAAAAAUACCUUGAGGCCUCUGAAGAAAGCCGCGGCCCAGGCACCUGCAGACAAGGCACACGCCGACAGCCGAACCUGCUCCACCAGCGGAGGCUCGGGCAGCUCCGACAGCGAAGCUAACUCCUCCGAGGAUGGCCGGGAGGGUGCCAGCCCGCCGGGGGGUAAAGGGGAGCGGCGUGGCGUGGAUGCGGGCCGCGGCCGGAAUCUGGCUCCGCCUGCGGUGCCCGCCCACACGCCCCAGCUUUACAACGAAGAGAGGAAGAGAGAAAAGCUGGCGGCCGGUGCCCAGGUGGCAGUGUCUGAGGUCAUAGUUUCGCGGAAGUACGUGUCUCGGGAGCUGCCCGAUCGGCACACGUCCAGUGAGGGCGGCGUGGCCCAGCCAUCCAAGAGGGGCAGGAAACAAAAGGGGCACCACGUCACCCAGCAGGCAAAGGGCUCUAAGCUGAGGGAAAACACAGCUGAGGACGAGGAGAAAGUGGAUUUUCCGGCGUCGCUGGUUGAUGCCCACCAGGCAGCGUACGCCUACCUCACCCCCAGCCUUUCCAAGUACGACGCGGUUUUGUGCCUAAUUGACCAGGCCGCGCAAACUCAGCUAACCCUCCAGCAGAUGGUCAGCUUCCUGACCCUUCGCUUCGACGAGGCCAACCAGGCCCUGGGGGAGAUAGCCAGCGAGGGCGAGAGGCUGGUGAAGGAGGUCGGGCCUCACCUUGCGUGGCCCCCCGAGAAAGGGGCCCCAAAAGAGCGGCCAGACCUCCUGCAACAGCUGCUGCAGUACACGGUGAACAAGCUGCAGGCCACCAACGGGGCGGUGACCGGCCUUACGGCCACGGCCCUGCAGGAGGCCUGCUGCUACCUACAGUCGGCGACGGACGCUUUAGGAAAGAGGUUGGCCGUGAAGCAAGAAACGGACGAGCGGCUGCGGAGAAUGAUUGCUCAGUUGGAGGCCUGCGCGCUGCAGCAAUCUCGCACCAAGCCCGGGGACAUGGCCCUCCAUUCAGAGGACAGUGGCAUCGGAGCAGAUACCGAUUCCAUGAAGGGCGACUGCCAGCCUGGUAAAUGCGGAAGGCGUGUAAGUUCAGAUUCCAACGCGCACCUUUUGUGCCGAGAUUCUCUACCACCGAGAAAAGCAAGCCUUUCGCACGUGGUAAUUAGUCCUUCAAAGCCUCAAGCCCGUGGUCUUGAUCAUCAGUGCAAAGGUGUGUUUUACUCGUCUCAUGAGGAGAAGGCAUCGUCCUCCCAGCCCUCCGCACCAGUAAACACAUCUCGGUCUUCACUAACGCACAACAGGUCGUUCGACUCCUAUGGGUCGGCUACAAGCACCGACUGCGAGGCCCUGAUUCGGACGGAGUCAAUGGACUUUUGCUCACUGGGUGAAGAGGACGACGAGGAAAGCGAAUCGGAAAUGGCCGUCGACGGAUCGCCUCAGGCACCGAGGUCGCCCCCUCCAGGGUCCAAAGCCGCACGGCCUGUCCCGAAAAGGAUCGACGUCCCCGAGAAUGAAGAAAUGUCCAUCAAAAUAAAAGAUGCCAUCAGCGACAAAAUCCAGUUCGUCCCGAUCGCCCCGGGGUCGAACAUUUGGUCAGACGAAGAGGGCAAACCGCGCCCUGCCAGGCCCAGUACUGCCAAGGGCUGCAGAACCCGAGUGGCUAAAAAACGGCGAUCGGAGUCCGCCGGGUCGCUGAAGGGCAAGGCCGAAGACCCGACUCUGCUGGAACUUCAGAGGACGCAGAAGGAUCUGAACAGGCGGCUGCAGAGGAUGCUCCAGCCCAAAGGGGAGGACGAGGGCGGCAUGGGGCAGCAGAAGGUGGCGGCGAUGCCAAAGCUGCCAGUCACCCUGCCUAAUGCAGACCAGGCAGUGCCCAGCAACAAGUUGAAAGCCUCCCUCCACAACAACUUCAGCAUCCUACCCAGUCAGGAGAAAGUGCUGCUGAGGAGGAGCCCUGCCAGGCUGAGCAACCAGGGCCAGGCCCAGGGCCAAGCCCAGGCCAAGGCCCAUGCCAAGGCCAAAACCCAGGCCGAGACCCAGGCCCAGGCCAAGACCCAGGACCAGGCCCGGACCACGCCUUCUUCGAACAAACAUGACCCGGCCAAGGCCAAGGAAAACCAGGCAUCGCCCAAGCGUGGUGCCGCUCGACUGAAGCGAAACGGUGUGCGGGGUCUGAUCAACAGCUUCAGCGGGGCGCAUGGGGUCCCGACAGCCGGGGAGUCGGGAGGGGCUGGGCGGCUGGGCUCUCCUCCCCUGGCCCCUCUCCCCCAACCGGAGAGCGAGAUGGACCCGGGAGACUUUCCGCCACCUCCGGCGGAGCUCGAGCUUGCGACAGACGCUUUAACAGCCGGGCUGGCGCCCAGAGAUGCGUGCUCGGUAGCCGGUGCGACGGACGGCGCCAGUGCGGCGAGAGGGGCUGCCCUUUCCAGGGUGACGGUGACACAACGGCUCCUGGCCUCGCUCGACUCGGUCCCGCUGCUGCCAAGUAAACAGCCAGGGGGCAGGGCCAGGGGUGGCCACAGUGCCAGGAGCCCCUGGAGACCCCAAGCAGGGGCCGCGACUGCUGGAGAACAGCCCUGGCCGCCGUACAAAAUCAUCAACCUCCGCUACUCUGGCGGGUGCUGUAGCUCCCCAGAAAAUGGGUCAACGGACCGGCUGCCCGAGCACAGCAGCCCAGGGCCCGUGGCUGGCAGAGGAGCUGAGGCCGAGGGCACUUCAGAGUUGCUCGGCAGCAACUCUGCCCUCAGCAAAGAGGCUCCAGGCAAGCUGACAACUCCGCCUAGGGGGAGGAAACUUGCUGCUUCCGCCGCUUCCCCCUGCCCAUCCCACCAGGCCACGGGAGGCCCGGCUCCUCCCGCUCCCACUUCCCCACCCCCCGCCCUGAGGAAGAGCUUCCCCAGCCCGCCCCUGCCACAAAGAAACCUCUGCCAACCGGCUGGCUACACCGCCCCCUCACCCUCUCCGGCCAGGAGGAAUUGCCCCAACCGGGCGUGGGGCUCCAAGCAGCCAAACCCGCCCGCCGCCCAGGAGGAACUGAACCCCCUGGCCAGCUCCAAGAGGUCCAGCCCCCCUCCUGUGCCCAGGAAGCUGCGCAGCCCCCUGUCCCUCUGCCAGCUGCCCCAUCCUACAGUCAACUGCCAACCGCCCAGCCCCCCAACCCAACAUCAGCUGCCCAGCCCCCCAACUCACCGCCAACUGCCCAGUUCUCCGACCCACCGCCAACUGCCCAGCCCCCCAACUCACCGCCAACUGCCCAGUUCUCCGACCCACCGCCAACCGCCCAGCCCCCCAACCCAACAUCAGCUGCCCAGCCCCCCAACUCACCGCCAACUGCCCAGCCCCCAGACUCACCGCCAACUGCCCAGCCCCCCGACCCACCGCCAACUGCCCAGCCCCCCGACUCACCGCCAACUGCCCAGCUCUCCGACCCACCGCCAACUGCCCAGCCCCCCAACUCACCGCCAACUGCCCAGCCCCCCAACAACCAUUAACGUCACUCCUCCAGUGGUCUCCGUGCGGAAAAGACCUCCCGACCACCCCGAGGCUGCCCGCCAGUCUCACUGCCCGGGAAAACCUGGAUCCAAUGCUUCAUCCAUCUUCUGCCCACUCUCCCACUCCAUAUUUGAGUCCCAGCCGUCUUCUCCGCCAGUGGGUGCAGUGAACGCCGCAGCUCAGCUUCAAAACAUCAUCCUGGGGGACGGGAGCCCGAUGACAUCUAGGGCAGCGUGGAGGAACAACUUUAUGCUCAGGCAGCCGGGCGACAGGCAGAGGAGGUUGACCUUGAGUGGGGUCCACGCACAGCCUUUUGUUAAGAAGAAUCACCAUCCGGACUUUAAAACUGGGGCUCAGAAUAGAUUCCUGGCAUCCAGUUCAGCUGGAAGUGAACCCACACUGUACAGCAUUGGAUUAAAUGGGAGUUUUGAGAGUGAAGACGACUCAUGGAUGAGGCACUUCGUGUCUGAGGUGAGAGGGUCAAAUCGAUCUGUCUCCCACCCAGAACUGUGUAUCAUUGGUCAGGGGCUUCAAUGA